CACACUAGGGCUCGCGCCGCCGCCGCCGCCGCGUCGCCCGACAGCCCGCCCCGGCCGCUGGCCUCGACGCCUGCCUCGCCCCGACUCCGCCCCCGGCCACUGGCCUCGGCGCCCGACGUCGCCUCCGGUCCUGAUGCAGUAAAUUUUCCACAGCUGCGGGGUCCUGAUGUGGUAAACAUUUUCUGGUGAUAGCUGAUAAUAGACGGCACUGCAUAAACAACUUACGAAGAACGCUGGCCAAGUAGCUGAUUAUAAAUAACAAUUCGCUCUUCCUUAUCAGUGCAUAAGGUCCUGAUGCAGUAAAUUUUCAGUCAUAUUGUUGUUUGAGAAAUUGUCGAGAUGUGCGCAUCUGUUAUCCGCUGUGAAGCUUGAGUCAGAGGAUACUCAUUUCCAGCUGAUAUCACUUCACGUGAGAGCUUCGUGGUAUUUUUUGGCAGUGAUUAUGAUGGAGUGCAACAGAGAAGAGGCUUCCAUGGCCAGGGACAUUGCUGCAAAGAAGUUGGAAGAUAAAGACUUCGCUGGUGCCCGAAAGAUUGCACUUAAAGCUCAGAUGCUAUUUCCAGAGCUUGAAAAUAUAUCUCAGCUGUUAAGUGUUUGCACUGUACACUGUGCAGCAGAGGCAAGGGUGAAUGGAGAGCCGGACUGGUAUGCAAUCCUUCAAGUGGAGGCAACAACAGAUCAUGCUAACAUAAGAAAGCAAUACCUCAGGCUUGCCUUUUCACUCCAUCCCGAUAAAAACUGUUUUCCUGGUGCUGAAGCUGCUUUCAAGUUGGUUGCUGAAGCUCAUUCAAUAUUGUGUGAUCAAACAAAGCGAUCUCAUUAUGAUAUCAGAAGGCAGUAUGCUUCCAGAAAAGUGUCGAAGCAAGCUACACAGCAACAAAAGAAGAGUGGCACAAGCAAAUGCGAUGUACCUGGGCAUGUACUGACUUUUUGGACCAUAUGUGCUCAUUGUCAGAUGCGAUAUCAGUAUCACAACCAUGUCCUAAACACUCUGAUCCGCUGUCUGAACUGCGAAAAUAAUUUCUUUGCAUACAAGUACAACUUACAAGAACAGUAUGCGCCGCCUUCAUCGAGUGUACCCACUAAUUCUCAAGUUCCAACGAAGACGUUUCCAAGUCAACAAGGCCGCCGUGUGAAGCUUUCUUCUGCACAGGAAACCACAGGUGCGAAUCCAAGGAUGAAUGUGGCCCAAGGUGACGGUUACAUGAAAGGGUAUAGCAGGCCAACCAUGGGCGAGAAAGCUAGUCAGUCAAGAACGACAAGCGGGCAAAGUCAAUUUUCAGCAAUGAAUCAAGAAAAACCUGCUGUACCGACUGCAAAUGAACAUAUGGGUGGAUGGUCAAUACCAGAUCCUCCUGAUCCAAGCAUCAUUGGCAGACCAAAGUCAGGUAGAGCAGAUGCAUCUGCAGCUUCAGAUGCUAUGAAUGUCCCUAGUCAGUCAAGAACGACAAGCGGGCAAAGUCAAUUUUCAGCAAUGAAUCAAGAAAAACCUGCUGUACCGACUGCAAAUGAACAUAUGGGUGGAUGGUCAAUACCAGAUCCUCCUGAUCCAAGCAUCAUUGGCAGAGCAAAGUCAGGUAGAGCAGAUGCAUCUGCAGCUUCAAAUGCUAUGAAUGUCCCUGGUCCUGCAAAGCUUUCAUCUACAGGUGUUAACACAUAUGCCAAAAUAAGGAUAAAUGUGGCAGAAUGCGAUAUAAAAGGGCAUGACAAUCCUAGUGGCGAGAAGGAAGCUAACCAGUCGUAUAUUACAAAGGGGAAAGUUGAAAUUCCAGCAAAGACUCAAAGUAAAUCUUCUGCCCAAACUGUAAACAUGAACACAGGUGUUUUUGACAGAAAGAACUCGGGUAUAGAGGAUGCAUCUACAGUGUUAAAUGCUGCAGGAUCCCCUGUUCUCCGGAGAUCAGCUAGGAGGACGCAAGAUGCUUAUGGCAGUAGUAGCCUCAACUAUAAUAGCAAAAAGAAGCGAAGAAAGAACAAUUGUCCAUCUAAUGCUGAUUUGAAUGGGAAGCAAAUAUUUGAUGAUAAUGUCACUAACGUUGACAGGCAAUCGGUUCCAUCUGAUGUGUCUGGCAAAGUAGACAUCCAAGAGGAAGCUAAAACUCCAGAUAUAGGUGAUCAGGACAAUAUCAGGGCAGAAGUUACAGAUACUGUUGGUCAGAAUCAACCUUGCUAUUCUGUGAAGCUUUCUUUCCCUGACGCAGAAUUUUUUGACUUUGAGAAGUUGAGGGAUGCUAGUCUGUUUGAAACUGGUCAAAUCUGGGCCCUUUAUGAUAACCUUGAUGGCAUGCCGAGAUAUUAUGCUAGAAUAAAAAGUUUGGAUGCCUCCAACUUUAAAGUUCAUCUCACUUGGCUGGAGCGCAUUGCAAUGAACGAAGCAGAGGAGAAAUGGUCCGAUGAAGAACUGCCCGUUGCUUGUGGAAGCUUUAGCUUAGGAACAACAGAGAUAUCACAAGACAGACAAAUGUUUUCGCAUAUUGUUUCAUGGACAAAAGGUUUUAAACGAAGGAAAUAUGAAGUACAUCCCAAUAAGGGUGAGGUAUGGGCUCUUUAUAAGGGAUGGAACAUGCAGUGGGGAUCAGAUGCAGAUAAUCAUAGAUCCUAUGAAUAUGAAGUCGUGGAAGUCCUGUCAAAUUUCUCAGUUAGUGCUGGCGUUACUGUUGUCCCAUUGGUCAGGAUUGAAGGCUUUGUCAGUUUAUUUAUGACAGUUAAGGAUAAAUCUGAAAUUGUGGUAGCACCAAGUGAGCUACUUCGUUUUUCUCACAGUGUUCCGUUUUAUAGGACAAAUGGUAAUGAGAAAGUUGGUGUCCCUGGAGGUUUUCUGGAACUUGACACUGCAUGUCUCCCCAUUGACCUGGAUGCAGCGUUUCCUUGUGUUUCUCUUCACUCCUGCAUGUCCCCUGGCAAGAAAGAGGGCAGCACAUCCAUUGAUUUGAGCACUGACAGUGCAAGCAGUAGAGGAGAAAAUGAAUAUAUUUCUUCUGAGCCAAAGACAUCCUUGCAGAGAAAUCCCGAUGGUCCUAAUUCUUUAGGUGACUUCUCUGAGCAAAAUAGUCCCUCCUUAGUUUAUACAUAUCCUGAUUCUGAAUUCUAUAACUUCGAGGAAUGCCGCUCAUGUGAGAAGUUUGAACGUGGACAAAUAUGGGCUUUAUACAGUGAUGUUGACAACUUCCCUAAGUUCUAUGGCUGGGUAAGCAAAGUCGAGCUAGAACCUUUCAAAGUUUAUUUGACCUGGCUUGAAGCUUGUCCCCAAGUGGAGCAGGAGAAACAGUGGUUGGAGCAGGAUAUACCUGUCAGCUGUGGUAAAUUUAAAAUUCGAAAGUGGACAACCAUGUACGAAACAAACGAUACUUUCUCUCAUUUAGUAUGCACCGGACAUGACCCCAACCAGCAGAUUGAAAUUGUUCCGCAAGUAGGUGAGAUUUGGGUCAUCUACAUGAACUGGACACCUGACUGGACUCCCUCGAGCCCUCAUGCUUGCGGAUUUGAGAUCGGCGAGAUCAUUGAGCGCACUGAAGCUAGCACAAAAGUUUCUCUUCUUACUCAAGUCAAUGGUUACACAGCGGUGUUCAAGCCUGGCAAGCGAAAGAGAGUUGUGGAGAUACCUACAAGGCACAAUCUGAAGUUCUCUCACCGGGUGCCCUCGUUCUGUCUGACGGAAGAAAAUGGCGGCAAGCUCAGCGGCUUCUAUGAGCUGGAUUCAGCCUCUGUUCCAGAUGUUUUCCUUUACAAGGAUGCCCAAUGACAUGCCGAUGGAAAAGCUCAAACCCUGCCAAUAUAUUCUGACUAGAAUCAUGUCUUAUUCCGCUGUCAGUUUUUUCUAUAUAUGCCGGUCAGCUUUAGUCUAUUUGAAACCAUGUUAGCAUUCUAUUGCAGACUUGCAGUGCCCUCUCUUGCUGGUGGUGGUGAAUUAUCAGGUAAACUAAUGCCUACUAGCGGGCGGAGGCGCGUGCCGCUGCGCCCGUCAGUAAGCCUGAGAUAGUCUUUGUCGGUUUCAUCCAUGGAAGAAAAUUUAAAUAGUUUGCUCGGGAUA